AUGGAUGUGGAGUGGGCCAUUAAGAAGCAGCAGCAUCUUGGAGUGAGAUGGUCAUCUCAAGGGAUGCUGAGGGUGGAACAGGAGACUAUGAGGCAGCUCUUCCUUCCAACACUUUCCAGCAUCACCCAGGCUAUCGAGUCAGUGUUGUCGGCGCCGGAGGUGGGUCAGCUGCAGUACAUGUUCGUAGUUGGAGGCUUUGCAGAAUCUGAGCUUCUGCAGAAGCACAUCAGAGAUGCUUUCGGCCACCGAGUCAAUGUCAUCAUUCCUCAGGGCAUGGGUCUGGCUAUCCUGCGGGGAGCUGUGCAGUUCGGUCUGGAUCCCGGGGUAGUAACGGUCAGACGGUCUCGUCUUACCUACGGCGCCGGGGUGCUCAACCGCUACCAGAAGGGAGUCCACCCGCCGGAGAAGCGGGUGGUAGCGGCUGGAGCGGAGUGGUGCGCCGAUGUCCUGGACCGAUUCGUGGUUGUGGAUGAAAGUGUAGCUGUCAGAGACGUAGUGGUGCGAUCCUACACACCAGCCACCCCUGCACAGUCUACAGUGAUUUUGCACCUGUAUGCCACGAUGAGGCACGAUGCUAAGUUUGUGACUGAGGACGGAGUGGAGAGAGUAGGGACCUUGCACCUGGACCUGGGCUCUGCCCCGCAGCGUCACCACCACGCUCCUGAAGGAGGGGAGGAGGAAGAGGCAGGUCCCCGUCGGGAGAUCACCGUUAACAUGAAGUUCAGAGACACGGAAGUCAAGGCGUCAGCGGUGGACCACCUCACUGGGCAGUGUGUUAAAGCGAAUAUAGAUUUCCUCACUUUAUAAGGGCUUCGACUGAGAGUAAACACACGCAGAGAUCAAACACACAAAGAGCAAUCACCCCCAGAGAGCAGACUCACUAUUAGAGAGCAGAUUCGCUAUUAGAGAGCAGA